AUGGACAGCCGUGAGAUAUUGGAGUUGGAGAACAAGCUUCUUGAUCCGACCACAGAAGAACCAAUUUCUCUACCCCUACACUUUUUGAGAUCGAUAACAAAUGAUUUUAGCAAUGAGCAAGAACUUCGGGAGGGGUGGGUGCGGAGUGGUUUACAAGCUUUGGAAUGUGUGCACCCUGAGAAGGAGAAAAGGCCAAAUGUAUCAAAUAUAAUUGAAAUUCUUAAUGCAGCAGAAGGAAGUUGUGUUCAAAAUGGUGAAGAUUUACUGGUAGAUCACCAGAUUGAAGCCCAGGAAGGGGUACUGCAACCGGAUGUGCAGCGUGAGGACGGCUUGAUGGAUCACCGACCAGCGUGGAUCACAAAAGGCAUAAUGAAAUCAGCAGCUGCACCACUCCAACCACAACGCGAGCCAGUUUUGGAAAGUGUGGAUGGUUCUAACUGGAGCACUGCCCCAAACAUUGCACAAAGUCGCCCCAUCACCAUCUCUGAAAGUAUAGAGCCAAAACUGUAUGGGAGGGAGCUUAUGGUGAAGAGCAUCAUAGAUGAUAUCACAAAGGGUAAACAUUCUGGUGAGGUCCUCACAGUUAUUCCAAUUAUUGGUCCAGGGGGCAUAGGAAAGACAAUCACAAGCACAACAUAUAUAUCACACAAGGAGAGGUGCAAAACAUUUUGA